AUGGCUCCGAAGGGUAAAGCCGCAAAGAAAGUUACAACUCCUGCACCGGGCACGAAAACCGCGCAGCCGCCAGCAUGGCCACAUAUGCAGCCUGUGCUACCACCCGAAGAUCUCGCGUUGGAAGUGCUGUUACAAGAUCAGAUUCUCACGAUUCCCAGGUUGUGGACAGCAGGCCUCUGUAAAAGCUAUGUCGGCUUCCUAUCUCAGCUCCAACUGACGACCACUCCGGGCAAGCCCAAGAAAGGAGAUGCCGUGCGCGUGAACGACAGAUUUCAAGUCGACGAUCCGAACUUUGCCGAACAGCUAUGGUCAGGAACUGCCUUGAAAGAUCUUGUAAGCAAAGCCGUGAUCGAAGGAGUGGGGCUAUCAGAUACCGCUAGGCGAGAGUUGUGGGGUGGUGAGGUUUCAGGCUUGAACAGCAAUAUUCGCAUCUACAGGUAUUCGAAAGGGCAAUUUUUCGAUCAGCACUACGACGAUUCGAACAGUGUAGUCUUACCAUCAUCAGCGACUCCCGAGUCCAUACCCGCAAAGACUACCUGGACUCUCCUGCUAUACUUGAGCUCUUCCGCGACAGGUUGCAAAGGCGGCGAGACAGUCUUCUACCCAGACCCACCGAACAAGCGCGAGGCCACACCUCCGCCGAUCAUAGCAGAGCUUGAAGUUGGCAUGGCACUAUUGCAUCGGCAUGGCAAAGACUGUAUGCUACAUGAAGGAAGAGAGGUUACAGAGGGAGAGAACUCAGCAAUCGUUAUCGCCCUGCUCACCCUUUGGUUCCUUCUGUCUGGAAUCUGGUCUACCCCAAAAGACGACAGUAUGGGCAGCACACACCCCAGAAAACCGCUCUACAAAUACGAAGUCGUCCACGGCCUCUUCCUCCAAGAUGACCCCAAGACUGACUGGAACACUUUCGAAUACAUGAAACACAAUUUCGGCCUCAUCUCCCAGCCCUAUCCCUCUGACACUUCAGCCACAGCCCACGACUCCGACUGGCUCCGCUUCAGCCGCUUCAUCACCCACCUCAACUCCGCCGCCCCAGAGGGUUCCUCCUACAAACUCUUCUACCUCGGCCGCCACGGCGAAGGCUUUCACAACGUCGCCGAGUCCAAAUACGGCACACAGCUCUGGGAUGACUACUGGUCCAAACUCGAAGGCGACGGAGAACUAUUCUGGAGCGACGCACACUUGACCAAAGUCGGAGAAUCCCAGGCCCUAGAAGCCCAUAACUUCAUGGGCACGCAAAUCUCAUGGGCAAACAUGCCAGCGCCAGAGGCGUAUGUGGUGAGUCCGAUGUUUAGAUGUUUGCAGACUGCGAGUAUCACAUUUGAGAAGUUGGCGCUGCCAGAGGGGAAGGAGUUUAAGCCUGUUAUCAAGGAACUUGCCAGGGAGGUGUUGGGGGUGCAUACGUGUGAUAGACGGAGUACGAAGGGUUAUAUUCGCGAGCACUUUCUUGGCUGGGAGUUCGAGGAGGGGUUCAGGGAGGAGGAUGAGUUGUGGUUGCCAGAUCAUCGGGAGACGCACGAGGAGCAUGAUGUGCGGACGACGGAACUUCUUGAUGAGAUUUUCGAGGAACAUGAGGGGAAGAUGGUCACGAGUUUGACGAUUCAUUCGGGGGCUAUUGCGAGCCAUUUGAGGGUUAUUGGGCAUAGGGAGUUCAAGUUGCCGACGGGUGGAAUGAUCCCGGUGUUGGUUAAGGCGACCAGGGUGUGA